AUGAAUUUGGAUAAUCCCGAUGAUUGUUAUUCACAUGACCAAGUUUUUCAUAAUGAUCCUAAUGACCUUCAUGUUUAUGAUCCUAAUAAUCUUCAGAUUCAUGAUCUGAAUGAUCUUCAUGUUCAUUAUCCUAACGACCUUAAUGUUUAUGACCUUCAUGUUUACCAUCCUAAUGACCUUCAUGUUCACGAUCCUAACGACCUUAACAUUCACUAUGAUGUCCAAAAAGCACUACUUUUUGAAGAUAGUAGGGAAGAAGUCUAUAAUGAAAUAGUUCAUUUGUGUGAAACAUCCGAUAAUGAAUUUCAAGAUGAUGA